CUCUUGAUAAAAUGAUGGAUGGCUUAAGUUCUAUGACGGUCUCUUCUGCAUAUCUUCCUCCCCAUUGAAGCUUCCUCACCCUUCAAUUGACAAUCGUAUCACCACCACUACCCAACCUUCAGAGCUCAAGGGUGGGGUCCUCCAAUCCCACCAGUAACAUGGCCAAAGUCUUUGAUUACGCGGAAGUGGCCAAGCACAACACAGCAGAGAGCUGCUGGGUGGUUCUCUACGGCAAUGUCUACGACGUCACAGAAUUCGUCCCCGAUCACCCCGGCGGCUCGAAAGUGAUCCUCCAGCUCGCUGGCACAGACGCAACCGAGGAAUACGACCCCAUACAUCCUCCCGGUAUUCUAGAAGAGACCCUGAAGCCUGAGAACAAGCUCGGAACUAUCGAUGCCUCCACCCUACCUUCCUCCGAGAAAUCCCCCGCACAGGAGACACCUGAUGAAAGUGGCCCACCAGACCUAGAAAGCCUGCUGAACGUAGAUGAGAUAGAGGAAGUGGCAACAAAACAAAUCAGCCGUAAGGCAUGGGCAUACUACUACUCCGCCGCCGACGAUCUCGCCUCCAAGUCUUUCAACAACACAGUCUACCGGCAGAUUCUGCUCCGGCCACGCGUUUUCGUCGAUUGCACCGCUUGCGAUACCUCCACAACCUUAGUCGGGCACAAAGUUUCUCUCCCAAUAUAUGUCUCGCCCGCAGCUAUGGCGCGACUCGCGCAUCCGGACGGCGAGCAUGGGAUUGCGCAAGCUUGCGGCUUGUUCGGGGCCAUGCAGCUGAUCUCGAACAACGCUUCGAUGACGGUCGAGCAAAUAGUAGCAGAUGCACAACCAGGACAACUCUUUGGGUGGCAGCUAUACGUGCAGAACGACCGUGCGAAGAGCGAGGGUCAGCUGGCGAGGAUUAAGAAGCUUGAUACGAUCAAGUUUAUAUGUCUGACACUUGAUGCACCGGUUCCUGGAAAGCGAGAAGAAGACGAGCGUAGCAAAAACAUCGGAGCCGUUCUGCCAGUCAAGUCAGCAGUACAAGGCGGCGAAUCUACAUCCCAGACAAGCUCAUCGCCCCAGACAAACUUCAAUCCAGAAAUAAAACCAGGCGGUAUUGGCCAGAGCUUGUUUGCCGGUACUGCGGCAGACUUGACGUGGAAGACUACCCUUACUUGGCUCGCGAAGCAUACCAAUCUGCCAAUUGUUCUCAAAGGUUUGCAGACACAUGAAGAUGCAUAUCUUGCCAGCUUGCAUGCGCCGCAGGUCAAGGCCAUCAUCCUAUCAAACCAUGGCGGAAGAGCACUGGAUACGGCCCCGCCCGCUGUGUAUACUCUACUAGAAAUCCGGAAGUACUGCCCAGAGGUCUUCAACCGCAUCGAAGUCUGGGUAGAUGGCGGCAUCAAGCGAGGAACAGAUGUCGUUAAGGCGCUGUGUCUGGGUGCAAGGGGAGUUGGUAUUGGACGACCCGCAUUAUUUGGGCUUGGAGCUGGAGGAAAAGAGGGUGUGGCGAGAGUGCUAGAGAUCCUCAAGGCAGAGACCGAGACAUGUAUGCGCCUUCUCGGUGUGGCCAAGGUUGAAGAUCUAGGCAUGCAAUAUAUCAACACUCGCUCCGUUGAACGCGACAUCUACGACGGACCUGCUAGUCUUGAGAGACCGAGUUUGUGGGAGAAGGCGAGGGCGAAGCUAUGAUAGAGCCUCCGACUGCGAACUCACGAGAUAUGCGCAUCAUAUCAUCGAAAGAUAAUUAAAAAUCUACUGCAAAAUUCCACUAUUAUGCGAAGUGGCAGGCUCCGUUGAACAUAGUGCGGUAGUCCAGCACCGUCUAAGGUGGCCCAGCAAGCUAUGACGCUUGUCAAAAUUGUAGGUUUACGAUUGCUACUAAUAUACCAGGGGACCUCAAGCGGUGCUAAGCUAGUGUACACAAGCCCGGAAAGAGUGUGUAUCUGGGUUCUAUCCUACUGGUGGUCGGUGUGGGAGAUCGUCGGCGAGUUGUCGUCAGGUUGCGGUUCCGUUGAAUAUUGUGUGGCAGUCCAGCACCCUUUGAGGUGCCUUGGCAAGCUAUCACGCUGAUUAAAAUUGUAGGUUUACGAUUUUUGAUAACAU